AUGCCGCCCCUCUCUCGAGGGCCCGAACUCUCACCUGUAUCCACGACGAGCGAGUGGUCCGGUGUAAACACUUAUAACCAACUCCCCCGGAACGACGGCCCCUUCGCGAAUGUGCCUAUGAAGCCUCCGGGUGACGAAUACCUACCCUCUAAACCUCAGCCGUCGAUGCGUCCUCCUCCGAAUGCGGGCAUGAAUUUCGCUCCUCCAUCGUUGGAUGCCAUGGGACAACGCCGUCCGUCUGAAUCAGGCUCCCGAGGUUCCUCACGCGCCGGAUCUAUAGCCAAUUCCCGUUCCAGUGAUGGCACCAUCUCGGACGAACAAAGCAGAAAAUACCGGAGGAUGGAAGCAGAGCUGUUUCAGCACUAUACAAUUCUGAAAAGUUUUCUCAAGGGCGCUUCUCAGGCUCCUCCGCGCCCUAACAAGGCUCGAGAUAAGCUCCUACGACUGUCGCCCGUCCAGUUCCACGAACUGAGCACAGAUGUCUUUGACGAGUUACAAAGAAGACAAGCUUCCGUCCCCCUUCCUGGCCGCCCACCGCGACAACAAAACAUUCCGCCCUUCCUCCAACCACGACCUGAUUUCCACGAGAAGAGAAAUCAGGCCAGGCAAAAGCUCUCGUCGCUGCAACCCCCCAGGUUCCGCGACCUGUCGACUGACGUCUUUUGCGAGUUGGAACGCAGAUUCCCACAAUUUGCGAGACCGGACGGCGGAAGGAGAGACAGUGGCCGUUCGCAAUCCAGAGGUCCAGCAGCCUCCUCCAGAGAUGGGUUGCCUGCCCCAGGUAAUGGCUUUGGCGUACCACCCAGAACCCAGUCGUUCGGUUCAAAUGGCGCACCAAACUAUCCUCAGAGGCAAGAAUCGGUGUCCAGUCUUCCUCAGUUCGAUAAUCCUCCCCCGCCCGGCGACUAUGGGCGGCCAAUGGCGAAGCAAUUUCAGAGUAACACCAUCACACCCAAUAAAAGUAUGAUGGUCGAGGAUGAGGACGAUUCUCAGGCCACGGAGUCGAAAUACGAUCGAUCUAGCGAUGCUUUCGGGCUUGAAAGCUCUCUUACGAGUCCAAGGAGCGAUAGGGAUACAUCAGCGACGUCGCAGAGUGCUGCCAGCAUGAACUUUCCCAAACCCAGCGUCCCCAGUUUGACCGAAUUACAAGAGAAGGUUUCCGAUCUGGAAUCAAACCUUGAAUCAAGGGACGAGGAACUCCGUCAGCUGAAGAGGGAGAACGAAGAAUGGACUGUUACAAAGCAGGAUUUGGAGAGAAGGCUUGAAGAGGCAGAAAACUUGAACAAGUCGCUCAAGGAGGAGAUCGAGAAGCUUAGGGCAGAAACACCACACUACAGCGGUGACAAUGUGCUUUGGAAGACCAAAUUCCUUAAAUUGGAUCACGAUCAUGGGAUCCUGCGGGAGCAGCUGGCGCAACAACAGCAGUUGACAGAGGAAGUCAGCAGACAGGGCCAGGCAUACCUUGAAGAAAUGAGAGCCAUGGCGGACUCUGGCGGAGGCAAUUUGGAACGAGAAGAGAAGCUGCAGAUCGAUGUCCAGAAGCUCGAAGAGGAAGUCAAGAGUUGGAAAGCCCGGUACGUGAAGGCCAAAGCACAGCUUCGAAGCGUCCGUACUAGCUCGCUAGGGCUCAGCAUUGCCCGACCCGAUGCAAGUCAGCAUGCAAUGGCUCUUCAGGAUCGGGACGGACUGGUCAAGGACGUCCACGUCACCAAGUUCCAGAUCGCAAUUGAUGAGCUGCUUCAAAUUGCCAGAUCUGAUAGACCAACAGCUGUGCUCGACCAUAUGAAAACGGUGGUGUUAGCAGUGCGUGGGAUCACGUCAGACAUCGACGCCGGAUUAUCAACAGAAAAGGAUGAGGAAAUGGCCAAGCGACGACUCAAGCUCAAGACCAAGGUCUCGGCUACAGCGAACAAUUUGAUCACAGCUUCAAAGAAUUUUGCCUCCGCGAGUGGUCUCUCCCCUCUGAGUCUUCUCGACGCCGCGGCUUCGCAUUUGACGGCAGCUGUUGUUGAUCUCCUUCACACCGUCAAGAUUCGGCCAACCCCAGCAGGGGAGCUGGAAGACGACGAUGAACCGACGUUGGAACCGCUGCAAAGCAACGGUUACUUCAACGUUGCCGAGACCUUAAGAAGGCGGAGCGAGGUUGAAAGCAUCUAUAGCGCUCUCAGUACGCCAUCGGCGACGAGGAAUGUGUCCAAUCGAGCCGGGUCAGGUCUCCUUCCACGCAGUAUAUCGACUUUAAUGAAUGGCACCGGACUGGGGAUCAAAGCGGAGUAUGCGACCACUCAAGAGGAGGCUGAUCUGGAGGAUCUCAAGAUGUACCUCGAAGAUCAGACUGAUGGAUUGGUUCAAUCUAUCACCUCAUUGGUCGAUACCAUCCGGAAGGACGAUGCCAUGACCACGAUCCAAAAUCAUAUGACCACAAUCUCUACCACGAUUGAAAACAUUGUGAACUCGGUGGACAGGACUGGGAACGAGCCUUCUUCAUACCAGGCAACUUUGAGAGAGAAAUCAGGCCCGAUUGUUGACAUUCUGCGAGAAUGCCGAGAGCAGAUGUUACAAGCAGGCAACGAAUCUCCCGAAGACAAGGAAGUCCUUCAGCAACUACCUCCUCUUUCCUUCAAGAUCGCACGUGAGACCAAGGAACUGGUAUCUAGAGUAAUGGCCAUUGAAGCUGGGCCUGUGAAGAGCGGCGAUGAUGAUUUUAGCUAA